AUGGAGAGGGAAGCAUUUUGCCACAUUUUUUAUGCUUCCCGGAUGCAAAAUGGUAUGUUUUUUGCCACUGGUUCAGGUCUCCUGCUGUAUGCAUUGAAUUGCUUGCAAGGGCUAUUCUUCUUCACUUUAGCCCCAUUCCAGCCCUAUUCUAGCCCGAUUCCCCUGGUCUUCCCUCCCCUACUCCGUGUCCACUACUGUUUAUCCCCCGCCUCGGCCCACAUUCUGCAUGCCCACAGUGUUUCGCAUGCAGGCGAGGCUCGGACGAAGGCGAGUGGCGGGGGUUUCGGGGCCGUAUGGCGAUUCCCUUCCCUCCGAAUGACCGCAGCGACGAAGGCGCGCGCUCCCUUCUUCUUCUUCGUUCUUCCAGCGUCCCGGGGACCGCGCCCCCCCACUCUCCCCCCUCCUCCACAUAGCCUCACACAACGCGCCUCGCUCUGCCCCUCGCUCACCGAGAAGAGCGCUCGCUUCGCCGCGGCUUCGGCUUCGGCUGCGUUGGGCUCUCCGGAGAGGCGGCGGUGGUGGCGGCGGCGGCUUAACUCGGAGGCAUUUGGACUUUUACGGAGCCCCGGGAAAAAACGCAAAGAAUUCCCAUUUUCCUCGCCCGUUUGCACGGCCCCGCAAGAGUUUUUACUAUUUUUAAUGCCCACUACAAUGGGUUUUGAGUUGGGGUUGGGGCACGUGUGGGGCGGCCGCCGCCGGCGCUACCGGAUUUUAUGCGGGAAUCGGGGAUUCCGCAUGGACUUUGGACAGAAUUAUGGGAUUCUUGGGGGCUGA